CAACGACACUUUUUUGGAAUACGGCACGGCACAUGAGGACGUAGCCUUCCCAGCCGAAGCGCGAAAAAAAAAUUACUCCUGUUCAUUUUCUUUCUUGGUCCGCGCCCCACAUUGGAAGUGAAGGCGUGGUAGAGAUGGACAGGUGAUCUCUGUAUUGACACGACCGAACUCAUGCCUUUGCAAAAGUCGUUUUCGGAGCAAAAUGGCUCCCUCAAGGCUCGCCAGAACUGGUCGAAAUCUAAAAGCCACAGCUUUGCAGGGCCUCAAUCUGCGAAUCGAACUGCAUCAGCCAGACCUCUCGAACCAGUCUCCGCGGUCACGAAGAACAAAUUGAACGCAUUCAGCUUCCACGCACCCGUAGCCGAGUCGAGCAAUAGCCAUGCGAACCACACUGUCGAUUCUACGACCAUGGACAGAGGAAUGGAGGGCGGAAAGCCCGAGGACGACAAAAGUCUGCCGGCGAACAACAAGAUCACCUCAACACCCAUCAGCCGGCUAGCAUGGCAAGAUCUGAUCGGCAUGCCGGAGAUCAAGGAGACAGAAGAGGACGCCAGUCCCCAAGAGCGACUCACUUGGGAUGCUAGACAAGGACCACAGGUCUCGUACUCCCCGAUCGUGCCACGCAGGAGGAAUAGGAAGAGAGCACGAAGCUCAUCACCGACGUCUUCCCCCGCCAGCUGCACGAAGCCAAAAGCACCAGCUGUGAACGUUCAGCAACUGUCGCGUGCUUUGAAGUCCCCUCACGCUGACCCAGCCAUGGAGCUUUGGGACCGCUUCUCGCUCAGCGGCUCGCACUCGACGACCCCGUCCGGGGCGAAAAAUCCAGCCUUGGCACAGCUCAUGGUCUCUUCCUCGCCACAGCCCCGACAAGCGAACAGGGUGAAUAAUGCUGCGUCCGGCGAGAGCAGUCUACGAAGAGCGAUAAGUUGCGGUACAAAUUGGCCAAAACGGCGGCGGCUGGAUCGACAAGAGUCCGCUCGGUCAGCCGACGCUGCCUACGAAGGGAGCCCGACUGGCUCUUCCAAGACGUCCAUGGUCAAUGCUUUGCUGCGCAACAUGAAUGGCGAGCUCAAUCGAUCCCAAACGAGCGCAGAAGCCCAAGACGAUAUGCAAUCUCCGACCGCGAAACGGUCGAUACGAGCGGGUGUCAUGGACUUGGAGCAGUCUCCGAGCAGGAAGGCCAAAUCGCGGGAAUCGUCUCAGCAGACUGCUUAUGAGGAGCUCGGAGAACAGCCGACACGGGACUUGGCAAAUCCGGCCAGAAUCGCCGACGAAUUCGACUUUAGGGACGACGAUUUCGACGAUUUCGACGAUGAUACACUCCUGGAGCUAGAUAACACGCUCUCUGCAAAACCACAACCUGAAUCAAGAGAAGCUCUGCCAGCUCAACCGACUCACCACCAGCCAUCAACCAAAUCCAUAACUCAACCAAUUGCAGACACAUCUGACGACGAGUUUGCUGAUAUGGACGACGUCUUUGCCGCUGCAGAGACACUGGUGUCCCAGCUUGACGGGGGCCAUAAUACCGAUGCUGCCAAGACAGCUGAGGGUGCACUUGUCGAGGACGAAUAUGGCGACGAUCUUGGGGUUGACUUUGACUUUGACGCAGCCGAGUUAGCUGCUACUCAAUCCGUCCAGCAAGCAGGCCGCUCGGUCCCUCUUGUACGUAGGUGGCAUCUUUCAUAAGGCUCGAGACAUUGUACACUAAACAAACUCAGGCAGGGAAUAAACCUAAGACUAUUCAACGCUAUCUUGUAAGCAAAGUCU